GGCUGAUCCGGUGCUACACUUCCGGUGGAGACGUGGCUCUGUCCUGCUGCCAUAUUGACACUAUUGAGCUAACUAGCACACAUACUCUCGUCAGCAGAAGCGUCGUACUUUGCCGAUUUGGAGUCAUUAAGAUAAUCAAAGCACAUAAGACCAGAAACUGCAGGCCGACGCCUUAAGGAUAGUAAAAUAAAAAUGGUGCUGUUGGCAGCGGCGGUUUGCACCAAGGCUGGCAAGGCCAUCGUUUCACGGCAAUUUGUUGAAAUGACGCGGACACGAAUCGAAGGUCUCCUUGCGGCAUUUCCUAAACUAAUGAACACAGGGAAGCAGCAUACUUUUGUGGAAACGGACAGUGUCCGUUAUGUGUAUCAGCCACUGGAGAAGCUCUACAUGGUCCUAAUUACCACCAAGAACAGCAACAUCCUUGAAGAUCUUGAAACACUAAGACUCUUCUCUCGUGUGAUACCAGAAUACUGCCGUGUGCUGGAGGAAAGUGAAAUAUCUGAACACUGUUUCGACCUGAUCUUCGCUUUUGAUGAAAUUGUGGCGCUAGGCUACAGAGAAAAUGUCAACCUUGCUCAAAUCCGCACCUUCACAGAGAUGGACUCUCAUGAGGAGAAGGUUUUCCGUGCGGUCAGAGAGACUCAAGAACGAGAGGCCAAGGCAGAGAUGAGGAGAAAGGCUAAGGAGUUGCAACAGGCUAGAAGGGAUGCUGAGCGAUCUGGCAAGAAGGUGCCAGGUUUUGGUGGCUUUGGCAGUGCUGGCAUGACCAGCAUCUCCUCUGGAUCUAUCAUUUCGGACACCAUUGUUGAACCUGAAAAACCCAAGAACACACCUACUACAGUCAGACCAAGUGGACCAAGUAAAGCACUGAAGCUAGGUGCUAAAGGGAAAGAGGUUGAUAAUUUUGUGGACAAGUUAAAGUCAGAGGGUGAAACCAUCAUGCCAUCCACUGGCAAGAGAGGCUCGGAUGUUUCCAAAGCUCUCCCACCACCAGUGAAUGUCGAAAGUGUACAUCUGCGUGUUGAAGAGAAGAUAUCACUGACUUGUGGGCGUGACGGCGGGCUGCAAAACAUGGAGCUGCUGGGGAUGGUAACACUCCGCGUUACUGAUGACAAGAAUGGACGCAUCCGACUCAUUAUUGUCAAUAAUGACAGUAAAGGAUUACAAUUGCAAACACAUCCAAAUGUGGACAAGAAGUUAUUCACCGCUGAGUCAGUGAUUGGCCUGAAAAACCCAGAGAAGGCGUUCCCUCUCAACAACGACGUUGGCGUGCUUAAAUGGAGACUACAGACCACAGACGAGUCACUCAUACCUUUAACCAUAAACUGCUGGCCUUCAGAGAGCGGCAGCGGUUGUGAUGUCAACAUUGAGUAUGAGCUGCAGGAGGAGAGCCUGGAGCUCAACGAUGUGAUCAUUACCAUUCCAGUACCGUCUGGUGUGGGUGCUCCUGUCAUUGGAGAUCUGGAUGGAGAGUACAAACACGACAGCAGGCGAAACGUCCUGGAGUGGUGCCUACCUGUCAUUGAUGCAAACAACAAGUCCGGCAGCCUAGAGUUCAGCAUUAGCGGACAACCCAGUGACUUCUUCCCUGUCAGUGUGUCAUUUGUGUCCAAACGCAAUUACUGCGACAUUCAGGUGGCCAAAGUGACUCACAUAGAUGGCGACGGCGCUGUUAGAUUCUCUUCAGAGACCUCCUUUGUUGUUGACAAAUAUGAAAUCCUGUAAAAAUAUUUAAAAAAAAUAAUCAAAAAAUGGCCCACAAAAACAGUCCAAAUCUAUGAUACAGAGAUCAAUUGAAGAUUUGUUGCCUGCCCACCCUGUAUACCACCACAGACUCUGUACAUCAACAGGACUCCCAUCAACUCUGGUAACACCGCUCCAUGUGCUGGGGAAGAGUAUGUAUGUUUUUUGUAUGACAGAAAGGAUUAUCAAUAUAUAGCGUUGAUGGAAAUUUUAAAACAACAGUGAUACUGUUGCUGACCUACAUGGAGGCUAAGUUGGCUAAUGGAUUGCAGGGCAGGCCACUGUUCGCUUCAUGGUUAGUUUAUCAGUACUACUCUCGACAAGGUCAUAGAGGUCCUUAAGAAUGUGAGACAGUGAUAUCAGCAUUCACUAGAAUUGGCCUGAGCACUUCUCGCAUCCCCCAAAAUCAUGCAUUCUCAUCAACACGUUUGUCUCUCCUCUGCGUUGCUUUACUGUUGGAUAAAACUAAUUGGGGUGCUUGCUUUCUUUUUCAGAUUUAUUUGACUUUUAUAAUUACAGAGUUAUUGUUGUCAAAAUAAGCAAUAACUAAUCUAUUGCGAUUUGUUCUACAAUAUACAGAUGUUUUUUUCUUUUUCUUUUUGUGAGGACAUUUUUAUACAAAGGUAACAUCGACCUAAGCUGAAAAGCAGAUUCCCAAUAUAUUAUAUUUUCUAUCUGCGGUUAUCUUCAGUGAUAAUAUUGUAAUGUGUCCUUUUUGUUUAGAAUGUUGGUUGUUGUUUCUUUUUGUCAUUGUUUUCUACUACAAGUCAUUAAGUCUGGCAUUGAUGAGCAGAACCCAUCCACCAGUGAAUACAUUUGGUUAUUUCAGCGUUUAAAUUUCUGAAUGAUUAUUUCUCCUCCUGUAGCAACUUGACACACAAAAAGGUGAGUCUUGUUUCUAUUACUGUAUUUUGAUUCCAAAAAUAGUAAGAUGUACUUUGAUCCUGGGCCAGAAACUACAAAGCUCUUAAUUCAGUAUUCACAGAAUUGAAAAGCUCUCUCAUGUAAAAUGUUUAAAACCAUCAAAAACAAUGCCACAUGCCCGAUGGACCCCUGCUCUUCCCAUCCCAGCAUCAACAAUGUAAAAGACUGGGACUCACUCACUGAUCCAUUUGGUUCUGUAUUUGCUAAUUAAAAGUACAUCAAGAUUAUUCAAAAUUGAUUGUGUUUUUCACUUGGACUCCCCAAAUUUCAAAUAGUAUUGUUUUGUAGAAUUGUUGCAGUUGGAAAUAAAAAAACAACCAUUUAUAUUCACACAUCUAAAGGGGAAUCUUAACAUUCCAUUGUACAAUUAGGGGGAAAUAAUCUUUAAUGUAAUAAAAUGUAUUCUUGAAAAAUA